AUGGAUGGCCAGUCCCAUGGAUACCCGCUGAGGCCCUACCUCUUCACGCUCUACCUGGUGGAUGUGCCAGCCAAUCGAGGCCUCUACAACCAAGUGCAUUGCAAGAUGUGCAUGAUCAUUAAGCAGGCCUUUGGGCAGCUGAAGAGGCGAUUCCACUGCCUCCACCACACGGGGGGUUACCGGGCGAUGCAGUCGGAGGGGUUUGGCUCUUGCCCGGGGCUGGGAAGUCCCGAGGUGGUCCCGAGAGACCUGGGCUCGGAACAGGGACCACCAAAGUAUGGUACUCCUUACUCCCAAUCCAGCCAGCCUCUUCACAAGGGUGCCAUGGUUGAUGGUAUCAAAUGUUGCUGCUCACAGCUCAAGCCUGGCAUUGUGGCUGUCUCAGAUGAGUCCCUCAGGCAGUGGGAUUGCUACAUUUCCUCAGACAUGCUGCCGCUUCAUUCUGACAUGGAGAAUUUCUUCCAGCCCAAUCUGAGCAUCAAGGCAGGCCGUGAUUAUGAUGCGGGCAGGCAGGGCAACGACAGGUCUGGUUGGUGCCCCUUCGACAUGAUUAGCCGCGCCCCUCGGGCCAGUUCUGACCCCUCCGAGAUCCGCGCCCCGCCCGCCCGGCCGCCCGCCCGCCCGCCCGCCUUGGCCCGCCUCACGGCAGCCCGGCCACCCACCCCCGGCCACGACCGGGAGGGAGGGCGGGGGGCUGCCGAGGGAGGCGCCCCCAGAGGGGAGGGGCCGCCCUCCUGGCCCGGGCGGGAAAGACGAAGGAAAUACGAGCAGCGCCUUCGCCUCAGGCCGCCGACGCCGCCCCCCCACCCCCCCGGCCGGGCCGAGGAUGCAGACGCCGAGGGUCGAGGGACGCCCCGGGCGGUGAGCGGCGGCGGCGGAGGGAGGGAGAAGCCGCGGGACAGUGCGCGUGUGGGGCUGGGCGGCUGGGCGGAGGGGGUCCGGCCCCCUUCCCUGGCCGUUAUUCACCACUCAUCUUCAAGCAGUGAUGAUGAAUUUGAAAAGUUUUUAUCAAGAAUGAAGACUCCCAAAUCUGCCACGUGUUGCACUCUGAGGGCAGAAAACAACAGUUUGAGUGACUCUGAGGACAACUUCUUCCGGCAUCUCACCAGUAAAAAAGUAUUUAGUGACAGCAGCAGUGAUGAGAAUUGUGUCUUUGGCAAACAUCCACCGAGGUCUCCAUGCCAGUCCGUCCAGAAGGGGAACCGGCGGGGUGUGCUCUCUGCCUCUUCACACGAGAAGCCUCUCACAUCCAGGGACAGGCCAAAGUCUUCUUCCCAAAGUGUGGAAGGAAGAGGUUCCACCACGGAGCGUAGUCAAGGCAAAGACCAGCGACUGAGGCCAAGUGUCGUGUUUGGCUGUGACAGCUCUGACGAUGAAGUUGAUAAUCUUAUUGCUGGUGUGAAGCAAAAAAUGGUCUUUCCUGCCGCCAAGAGCACUGAAGGCCAAACUGGCACCACUGGACAGAGAGGCUCCCAGUCUUCCUGUGAAAUCAUCCCAGCCGCUACAAAGAGUGAGGCUGCCUCCCUGGGACUGUCCCAAUCUCCCGUUCCUGUGCAGCAUCCCAAGAGACAGGUGCUGACUGAUGCAAUUCAGGUGCCCUGGAUGCCAGUGAGGAAUGCCUGCCAAGUCCAGGGCUGUUUCUUGCGAGAGCUUUCAGACCCCAAAUCCCAGACUGCCAAAGAGUUCCGAACCAAGAAGGAAGAGCUGACGCAGCGCCUCUACGCUUUCUAUAACAGCACGGUGUUUGAGCAAAAGUUGCCAGAAAGAAUGGAAGUCAGCUGGAAUAAGAAGAUGCGGAAAACGGCCGGGUGCUGUCUCACAGGGCAGCUGAAGGAACCCCACUUGGGGCAGCGGUACGCCCGGAUCAUGCUGUCAGAGAAAGUCUGUGACUCUGCAGAUAGGCUUCGGGACACUCUGAUCCACGAACUAUGCCACGCAGCUGCGUGGCUCAUCCACGGUGUUCAAGAUGGGCAUGGCCGAAUUUGGAGUUUAUACGCUAAAAAGUCUGCCUUGAUCCACCCAGAGCUGCCUGUGAUGUCACGGUGUCACAACUAUGAGAUUAAAUACAAGUUCACCUAUGAGUGUUCUCAGUGCCAAAACACGAUUGGCCGUCACUCCAAAUCCCUGGACACGCAGCGCUUUGUCUGUGCCCUGUGCCAGGGGCAGCUUGUGCUACGGCAUCCCACGCGGAAGGAUGGGACGCCCGCCAAAGCACCACUCACUCCCUUUGCAAAGUAUGUGAAAGAAAACUACGCUUCUGCUAAGCAGUCGCAGCAGGGGCUGAACCACGGGGCCAUCAUGAAGAAACUCAGUGCUGACUUUGCAUGUCGGCCGUAAC